ACCCUGAAAGGCUCAUCUUAGAAUGGACAAAUUCAAGGAAUGGGAUCAGGCACCUGUAGAAGUGGCUGAAGACAGAAGUGUGGCAGUCGAGUACACAGGAUGGGACCAGAGUUGCCAACUACCCAACAGGGGCCAUGUUGAUGCCCUUUUGGAUAUCAGUGAUGAAACCUCAUCAAAAGAGCAGGAGCCAUUUGAGUUUCUCUGUCUCUCCGGAUGGGAGGAAGCUAUCCGGGGCUGGGGCAGAACUACUCCACUUGGCUGCCUGGUUCAGACCCAGAGGAGAGGAAAGAGGGUCAAGACUGGAGACACAGACCACCACUGCCACCUGUGUGUGGACCUCGUGAAGUUGUCGGAUCCCCUUGACUCUGAGUCCAGCGUAACCCACUCCCCUGAGUCCAUCUGGGAUUCCUCCCUGGACUCAUGGGAGAAACCCCCCCCCACAACCCUGGGAGACUUCCUGAACAGACCCUACAGUCAAACCUCUACCAUCUCUUCAGAGGAGUCCCCACCAGAGUCCUUCAGGGACCUUCAGAAAGCCACACAGCAACUGACACUCCGAGACAAGAUGGUGGAGGACAAAGCUGAGGUGUGUGAGAUCAGUGACUCACUGCUGGGCUCUGCCCCCUCCCAGGGUCACCACCACUCAGCCUCAGAGUGUCCCAUGACGUUGAUCAUCAACAGCUUCGCCGUCCUACCACCCGUGAAGGCCUCCCAGCCCAGACACCCUAGGGUCAGCAGCCAGCUCCAGAGGGAGGAGGCUGGCCCGGGGCGCAGUGCCUCAGACAGGGAGACCGCAGCGGCUGGGUCAGACGGUGUCACGCCUGCCUGGGAGAGCGGAGGUGGUGUGGAGAGCCAGCAGAGCCACCACCUGUUGUCUGCUUUCAGCAUCCCCAUCCUCAAGAGAUGUGACAUGCCCCUCAGCACACUGUCAGGUCCUCUACCCCGCGCCACCUACCCCCUGGACAGACACCUCAGACAGGAUCCCCGGACCAGCAGUGCUCACAGACUCUACUUUGGACUGAAGACCAAGAACCUGAAGCGUGCAGAGCCCCAACUGCCCAUUCUGUUUGGGACCAGGGUGCCCAUCCCAGCCUCUGCACAGAGACUACUCUGAACAGAGACUGUUACUUUGCACUCCAUACUCUCUCCCAACCCAAAAGCUCAGUCUUUGUGGGUUUGUGAUUAAAAAUAAGCUUUCUGUGGAAUAUCUUCAUAUCUUUUACAGUGGGGAGAAGAAGUAUUUGAUACACUGCCGAUUUYGCAGGGUKUCCUACUUACAAAGCAUGUA